UAUUGAGUGGAGAUCAACCACGAGUUUGGUUGAACAUCCCCAUUGCUAAAGAAGACGUCGAGCGUAUCACAGCCAAAGUUAUACUGGAUGUAGCAUCCACCGAAGUUUAUGUGAUGAACAAGCUCUAUAAAGAGAAGAUGAAGAGAAUGGAGACCGAAAAAGCUCAGAAAGAAGCUUAUGCUUGUGCCAGGGAACGAAAGAGUGUUACAUCUGAUGGUUGCUUUUCGAUGAUGUUUAAGAAGAUCCAUCCGGCAAGCAUGCCCUCCUUGGAUUCGGCUGGGGAAGCUGCUAAAUAG